AUGGCCAUGCCAGUAGCAGGUAACACAUCACCUGUGAUGCCUCCUUCGGGUCAGUACCUAUCUGCACCUGUGAACACGAUCGUCAGUCAGAAGGGAUGUGACCAAGCUCAGGUGAUCAACCUUAUGGAAAUGACCAAGGUUGAAUACACACACCUUCAGCACCUCAUUCAAUCCCAUAUGUUAGCUCAGCACGGUGCCGAAGAGGUCCAGGGAAAUCCACUGUCUUCUACAGACUGCGAGAGUGAAAAGAGCUGCAAGGUGUCUCCAUCUCCAUACACGUCACCUGAGUGUCAUCCAGAUGCAUCUUCUUCAUCCUCUUCAGCCACAGAUGUGCUGUUUGUUUCAGUGCCUAAUAACCAGGGAUCAGAAGACAGUAAGGAAGUUAAAAUGCUGCUUUACAGUGAUCUGAAUAACACCAGUUGUUUAGGACAGAGCACUCCACUCUGCAGUGGUGAGGUUCCCAGCUCCGAGGAGACAAACAUCAGGUCUAUCAGGGAGGCAGUAAGAGAGAGAACCCGAAUGGGCCUUGGUUCAAGACCUAACCCACCCGCACGGGUUUGUUUGGAGAAGAGGUUCGCUUGCAACUCGAGCGAUUUAACCGAAAAACAAGAAGCACAGGCUGCAGUACUGAAUACAUUUUUGUCGAUACUUUGCAACUCUACGGACAUCACAGGUAUCGCGGUUCAUUCACAGCCAGAAGUGAGUUCUGAAGCAGAGAAGACGGCUGCAGUAGCUCAUUCGUACGCAGGCAAUCAAGGUAAUUGCUGUCAGCUGGCGGAUUGCAGCAAACAUCCUGAAGACAACGCAUCCAAGAAGCCGAGCAUCAGUAAGACUGCUGACUCUGUGCCAAGCUCCCCGUGUAUCAUAUACACUGACACGACUAAUGAGGAGCUAGUCAUUAACAUUGAAAAUGACAUCAUUCAAAAAGCUGUGAAGCGAGCCAAGAGGCAGGGAGCCCGAACUUUGCAAGUCCGGAAUCCAAAUAUAAUACAGGGGCCAGAAAAAUGGAAACCGGACAGCACUCUGCCUGCCGGUAAAUCGGGUCGGACAACCCGACCUCCUUUAAAGGUUAAUCAGCGUAGAGAGAAACACAACUUCAAAGAGAGAGACCGCAGGAAAAGAAUUCGUCUGUGUUGCAACGAGCUGAACACGUUGGUACCGUACUGCAACUCUGAUACGGACACAGCCACAACGCUUCAGUGGACAAUCGCCUAUCUCAAAUACAUCAGAGAGAUCUACGGAGACUCUCUAAAACAGGGCUUUCAGAAAACGUUCUGCGGGACAACCGGCGUUCGGAUCAAGCCGAGUUGUGCAGACGAUGCCACAAAAUGUGAGAAGGCAACAUCCAAGGAGUGACUUAUCUGCAAUCCUGCUGUAUACCUUUAAUCCG